AUGAACUAAGGACAAAGAGAUCAUCACGCCAACUAAAUGAAUCCUAAUAGUGAGGCUUUCAAAUCAGCAGGUGAUAAUAAAGCAAACUAGAUGAAUCCUAACAAUCCUGUAUACUCAGCAAGUGAGGGAGUGAUUGGGGCUGGCAUCAAAAGUUCUGAUAAAGGUUCUGAUAUCAAAGGCUCCUCAGAUUUUGGGGGCAAAAAGAAAUGA